AGAGCAAGAAGGAAAGAGUAGCUACUACACUACUCCCUCACUCUCUAAAAGUGAAAAAACCCCUUCUCUCAAAAGCGAAGCCAACAAUAAAAACAGAAAGUUCUAGUAGAUCAGGACAUCAUAGUCAUUUCAGUCAGAUCCACCCAUAUUCUCUCCCCUGAAAGACACUCAAAACCAGAGCAAACACUCUUAUAUACUCUCUCACAGUCUGAGACCAUACAAGUUGCUCUCCUCUCUUUCCUUCCUUCCGGUUCAAGCACUAUUAUUUAUUUUUCUUAGAAAUAAUGGAGAGGAGCACUCCGGUUAGGAAACCACACACUUCCACUGCAGAUCUGCUCACGUGGUCCGAGACUCCGCCACCUGAUUCUCCCGCCGUUGGCUCUGCUUCUCGCUCCACUCGGCCCCACCAGCCGUCAGACGGGAUCAGUAAGGUGGUGUUUGGAGGUCAAGUUACCGAGGAGGAGUUCGAGAGCUUAAAUAAACGGAAACCUUGUUCUGGGUAUAAAAUGAAGGAGAUGACUGGCAGUGGCAUUUUUGCAGCCAAUGGAGAGAAUGAUUUGGCUGAAUCUGGCAGUGCCAACCCCACUGCUAAUAGCAAAACAGGACUCAGAAUGUACCAGCAAGCAAUUGCUGGAAUCAGUCACAUUUCAUUUGCAGAGGAAGAGAGUGUUUCUCCCAAAAAGCCUACUACCCUGCCUGAGGUGGCAAAGCAGCGCGAGCUAAGUGGAACCUUAGAAAGUGAGUCUGAUGCCAUGUUGAAGAAGCAGAUCUCCAGUGCCAAGUCCAAGGAGCUCAGUGGACAUGACAUCUUUGCACCCCCUCCUGAAAUUUUACCACGGCCAACAACUGUGCGUGCUUUAGCUUUGCAAGAAAGCAUCCAAUUGGGUGAACCUUCUCCACGAAAUCCUGCUGGAGGUCAAAUGUCUAGUGAAGAAUCAGUGGUGAAGACAGCAAAGAAAAUUUACAACCAGAAAUUCAAUGAACUUUCAGGAAAUAACGUAUUCAAAGGUGAUGCUCCUCCAUCUACCGCAGAGAAACCUCUGAGUGUGGCAAAAUUGCGAGAGAUGAGCGGCAGUGAUAUAUUUUCUGAUGGGAAGGUAGAGUCUCGAGACUACCUAGGUGGCGUACGCAAGCCUCCUGGCGGUGAGAGCAGCAUUGCCUUGGUUUAAUUUUUUAGGUCUAACCCUGUUAUUUUAUCAUUCUAUCUGGUUUUGUUUAUUGCUAGCGGGGAUGUGUUACUGUAUUAUUUGACCUUUCACCAUGGGUUUUGGGAAUAUGUUUUAGGUCUUAACACGCCAACCAGUGUUGUGGACUGUUUGCUAAUUGGAUUGAAUGUCCAUAUUCUUGUGUUUUUGAGUGCUUGUUUUAGUGAAACUGUUCACCAGAAUUCAUUUUGUUA